UGCUUUUAUUUGAUUCUAAUUUUUCAGCUAGCCUUAAAUUUACAGGUUGAAUAUCUUCCUGUUGUUAUGCCCCCUGAUCAUCAAAAACAAAAUGUCAUCCGCUUUGCUGAGAAGACUAGUCAUGCCAUGGCAACUGCUCUUAAUGUUGUGCAAACAUCUCAUUCCUUUGUGGUCGUGUUAGUUUCCAUGACUUCUCGAGGAUUCUGCAACUGAAGGGUUGUGCACUUUCUGAAGAGAUAUUUGGGUUCCUUGAUGUGCAGAAGAAUGGAUCAAUUACAUUUAAGGAGGUGGUCCUCCCUGCACUCUUGCCCACCCAAAAUAUUUUUUUU